UACUGGUUUUUAUAAAUCGGGGUAUUAUUUUUUGGGUACACUUGCAAAAUGUAUCAAUUCAGGAAGAAAUUCAAACGCUCAAAUGACUUCUUUUACAAUAACGUGGAGAGGAAAGGAAACACACAAAAAGAUGAUGCGAAUGAACAAAGUGAAGAUAUUGCUGAAAAUUAUGACAAGCACCAAGAGUUAACCACCAAAACACAGGAUUCUGAAGAUAUUUUUACCAAGCAAUCUAUCUCUAUUAUUACAGAGGAAUCUAAACAACCAUGUCAACAUAGUCAAAGUCAUUUGUCACCCACUAGCCACUAUACUGGGUUAUUGUUACAGUUUGACUUUGCAUCAAAUAUAUCACGUCAGCAAUCCUUUGUUGUUCAUGAUUAUAAUGCAAACAAAAGAACAAUUAUGCAUAAUUCAUUUGUAUUUGUUCAUCGAUACCCCCACCUAUUGCUUGAUUUCUACGGUUGGAUAUUGUGCUGCUCAUGUGAUGCAAAUAGAAAGCAAUUUGUUGAAGCCCUACCUAAUAAUAUACAAUUAGAUCCUCAAAAACAAUCCACAUCCAUGAUGCAGUCUGUUUUCAGUGAUCAUUCCUACCAUGAGAUGCAACCUGAAGAAGCAAUGAGAAUGAUGCAAGCGAUUUUACUGAUCUUCCUGAAAAAAAUGGUCAUAAUUUUGGCGCCAUCUGAAAGUGGUAUUUGUUCUUGUGGUGCAGAGUGGGAUAAACGUUCUAUUCAAGAUGAAUGGUUGUACGUAGACGUGUGUUCAGUUGCGUACUUUUAUUCAAUCCAUGAUGUGAAGGUGUAUUGUAGACCUUGCUCCUCUUGUGCUACGAAAAAGCAUUAUGAUGGCAUUGAAAACAGGAUUGUAUGGUUUGGAUCAUAUGCAAUAUCUCAUGCCGUUCUAAAGAUUACAUUCGGCUUUUCAUAA